AUGGAUUACAAUAUCAAGCAAGAGAAUCGUAAGAAGUUUCAAGACAAGUCCAAAUUGAAGAGACACCAUAAGAAAGAUUACUCAAAAGUGAUACCGAAGGAAUCAACAGAUCAGAAUAAAGAAGAACCACAACAGAUUGAAGAAACUGAAAUUGAAUAUGAAGAUGUGUUAGAUCCUGAAACAGAUGAACAAGGUAGAUUUGUCUUACACGGUGAUCAAUAUGAAGCUAUAAACGAUGAAGGUGUUACAGUGGUUAGAAGACCCAAAAUUGACAAGACAAAGACAAAUGCAUGGAGAUAUAGAGAUGAAUUAGAAAUAUUAGGUCUUGAUCAAGAUGAUGAAGAACUAUUGAAAAAUAUAGAUUUUAAAAAAUUAAAUUUUAAUAAGAUUGAUUCUAAAAAAGAUAAAUCAUCAUUUAAAGAUUUUAAAAAAAUGUCAAAUGAUGAACUACGAAAUUUGAAAAUUAUAGAUUCAAAAUUUGAUGAUCCAGAUUCUACUUAUGAUAAAAGUGAAGAUGAUAUAGAUGAUUUAGAGAGAUUACUUAGUAAAAGAUCAAAUAAAUCUACAAUCAAAUCACAACAAAUACCCCAUGAUCUAUCCAAUCCAUCAUUUCAAUCACAAUCACAAUCACAACCAAGUGAAAAAAAUCAGAAUAAGACACCAGUUGCAUUAAAAAGCGAUGAAGCAUUCCUAGAUGAUUUACUUUAG